CAUCGAGUAAAGGCUGUGCAAGUGAGGAGUCCCCCGACAAAUCGAUCCAUCACCGAUUAUGUCUUCGAAAUCCAAGAGUAGGAUCGGUCGCAUUCGGCAAAACCCAAGAACAUCAAUCAAGUCUUGACGUGCGCGAAAGAGCGAAUAGGCAAUGAGGUGGUGUGCUCGAAUACGAGGAUAAUACCGCCUUGGGUGGCUUAUAACGUUAUCUAUGAUGCUCGGCCGGGUCUUGUGAUGGCUCACCGGAGACGCGAUGAGGCCAUCGAAUGACUGGGGGCCUUGGGUCGUUAGGAUGCGGCCGUGCUAACCGGGCGUGGCGACUUGGGUGUAUGUCGAUCUUCGACAUACGAGGAGUUGCAUUCUUUUCACCCGUCAGAGUAGCCAGUGACGAACACACUUAUUCCCGCCAUUUGGGGAAAUGUACUGUACAUUGAUGAAACCUAGAUACAAUUUACUCUUCUUCCGUGAAUCGAAUCCAUCGCUUGGUGUUGUAUCUUGACGACUGUGCCGUGUUUCGCUGCGCCGAUUCCCUCGUCGUGCUGACAUUAAGGCGUAUGCUACUCGUGUGGUCCUUGUCUCUUCCACGCGAUGACAAUGAAGAUGUCAAGUUCAUAGAUGCAGCACAGCCCCCUUGGAAGCUGGUGCACGUCCUUACUCAUGAAUGCAAUGCUAGGCUCCAAGCAGCCAAGACCAUGUAGACUACGGUAUACGGCAGCAAGGGUACACCUAUCGCUGAAGCUUAGUUCAAACCAUCACUCUCUCUUCGCACCUAACAACAACAUCAACCUCAUCGCCAUCAUGUCCUCUCAAACAACAACAGCUCCCACUACCAGCUCAGUCACAAAUGGCAGCAACGGCAAAGCACCAGUCAAUGGCCAUCGUCUCGAUGAGCCCUUGGUGAAGGUCCAACCACCACGACGCGAGGACCUCCAACCAUCAUACGCCCGCGUUAUCAAAGCCGACGACCAAGACGACAGCACCGUAGGAUGGUACCCCAAGGCUAGACACUCCAUCGGUCAAUGUAUGGGCGCUCUUGGAGCGAUCCCGUGCUGCAUUCUCUGCCCCAACCCGUUCAAGACGGUGCACCAGGGCAAUGUGGGCUUGGUGACCAAGUUUGGACGAUUCGAGAGGGCCGUAGAUCCCGGUCUAGUCCAGAUCAACCCUCUCUCCGAGAACCUGAUCCAAGUCGAUGUCAAGAUCCAGAUUGUUGAGGUCCCCAAACAAGUCUGCAUGACAAAAGACAACGUCUCCCUCCAACUCACCUCCGUAAUCUACUACCGCAUCACCUCCCCCCACAAAGCCGCCUUCGGCAUCUCCAACAUCCGCCAAGCGCUCAUCGAGCGCACGCAAACCACGCUCCGCCACGUCAUUGGUGCGCGCGUCCUGCAAGACGUAAUUGAGCGCCGCGAGGAAAUCGCACAGUCCAUCCGUGAGAUCAUCGAGGAAAUUGCCGCGGGCUGGGGUGUCGAAGUCGAGUCCAUGCUUGUCAAGGACAUCAUCUUCAGCCAGGACCUCCAGGACUCGCUGAGCAUGGCCGCACAGAGCAAGAGGACCGGUGAAGCCAAAGUUAUUGCUGCUCGCGCUGAAGUUGAGAGCGCCAAGCUCAUGCGCCAAGCAGCAGAUAUCCUCAGCUCCGCACCCGCCAUGCAGAUCCGCUACCUCGAAGCCAUGCAAGCCAUGGCCAAAUCAGCAAACUCAAAAGUCAUUUUUCUCCCGGCAACGAAUCAAACUGUUCAAAGCCAGCUCGCGACCGCGGAUGCGUAUGGUGAAGGUCCUAGCAAGUACAGGGCGAACAGCAACAACAACAACAACAGUGGCGGCGCAGCGGCCGAAUAUGGGCAGGGCAAUGAUGGUUUCCAGAGCGCCAUCAACUCUCAUAUCAUCGAGAAUAUGUAGAAUACACUAAGUGUGUGUUUGUGUUUGGCGGAGACAGAACGUGUACUCCGCAUUUGUAACAUCUUAUUCUUGUAUAACGCGAUGCUAUUCUUUUCAGGUUGGACGGAUGGAUCUUUGUACGCGAUACCCCCCAAAUUUUUUCUAUUUUCCUAUUUUAGUAAAGGUUGCGUCUUUUUUUGUCAUCUUAUAUCCAGAUUGCCUGCGUCUUUGCGACUUGUGAGAAUCUUUUUGGGGGCAUCUUCAGCACUUCACUCACUCUCGCUAUCUAUAGCAUCUACCCAGAGCACUAGAAAAAAACCAAUUGAAAAAAAAAAGUUGUAAAACCCAUAUAUUCAAGCAGAAGACCUAAACAAUGAUUGUGAUACAGACAUAAGAUACAUUGAUGCACUGGUCUCGGGUGCUGCUGCUGGUGCUGCUGCUGUUGAGUUGGGUGUUACUCCUCAGAUCUGAACCUUCCUAAUCGGGAAGAUUCCGAACCCGAUUAACGAAUUCCAUCGAUCACUGCAGCGCAUUGCGCAUCAGGGCUUCCACGGGCACUUCAGAGCACUUCAGGGCACGCCAGGGCACGCCAGGGCACCCACCUUAUGCCAACGCCAUUCACCACCUCCCUCUACCACACCACCAGAUAACUGCGCAGAGCGUAAAAAAAUCCUAACCUUGACUUACGACUUAGUAACGAAGUCAAUUAUCUCGACGUCAUCUAUACACAGCUU